ACACACACACAAACAAACAAUUAAAAUUUGGAGUCUAUGAAGAUCUCUUAUCCAAUCAAGAACCACCUCAAAAAACUAUUUUCACUGUCAAAAUCCUCACAACACCACCACCACACAAACCCCAUGGAAGUUGAAGUAAAGCUCCGGUUACCAAACGCCGCCGCCCACCAAAAACUUUCCAGCAUUCUUUCCCCACACCACACCAAGACCCACCUUCAAGAAAACCUGUUUUUCGACACCCCAUCAUUAACUCUCGCCACAGCCCACCACGCCGCCCUGCGCCUACGAUUCUAUGACCUCGACACACAUUCUGUCCUUUCCCUUAAGUCCAAACCAUCUAUAUCUUCCGGGAUUAGUCGUAUCGAGGAGCUCGAAGAGCCCCUCGACCCGGGGCUCGGCCGCACUUGCGUGGCCGAGCCCAGCAGGUUUAAGAAAAUGUUGGAAAUGUCAAGAAUAUUGAAAAUAGUGGAAAAUGAAUAUAAGGUUGAUUUGAAUGAGGUUGUUUGUAUCGGUGGGUUUAGGAAUGUUAGAAGUGUUUAUAAAUGGAAUGGGUUGGUUUUGGAAUUAGAUGAAACAUUGUUUGAUUUUGGUGUUAAUUAUGAAAUUGAGUGUGAAAGUAAUGAUCCUGAAAAAGCUAAGGUAAUGAUUGAAGAGCUGCUGAAUGCAAAUGGGAUUGAGUUUUCUUAUUCAGAUAUGUCUAAAUUUGCAAUCUUUAGGUCAGGGAAGUUGCCGCAAAUUUGAAAGAGAUUUGGCCCAUAAUAAGUCAGUCUGAAUUGAACUAACAUUGUCUCUGUUACAUUAGAUUGACUUGCUAAGCAAUAUUUCAUUUCACUUUUGGCUUAUAUAAGUUGUUGUAUGAAUCUCACUAUCUUGGUUUAUUUAUUGAUUCAAGAGGGAAAGAGAGUGUUGGUUAUGUUACUACAAAUUUGAGGAAUGUUGGUUAAUUUCAUGUGCUUAAUUAUAUUGGUUACAUAAGGCGAAAGCUAUGAAUGUUGGUUACUACUUUAUGUA